CCUGCCCCCGGUCACCUUUCCUCUCUUCUUACUUCUGAGUCUGAGGUGGAGUUCCGCUCUCGUCUGCACGAACUUUGUCUGGGUUUAUCAGCACCCUGUGGUCUAGACGUCUGGCUGACUUCUAAAUCGCAUCCACUUGUACCCUUCAGCUCCGCCGGAACCAAUCCAUAUCGAGAGAAAAAGAGACCGUUAAUUCCCCACGCACGACCUAGCCGUCAACCCCGGUUUAGCUUUUCGCGAUUUCGAGUUGUACUCUUGUCAGCAUCCCGCUUUCCAGGGGAUCAAAUAUCCUGCCUUUCCGCCGGAACAAAAGGCAUGUCCUCGUCGACCUACUCCGUGUUGCUCUCGACGAUCGAGUAGCAAAACUUUCGUGAAGCUUUCGCCUAUCCUAAACCGUCGUCGCUUCUUUUGCUAUCUUGCUGCGAUCAUGAACAUGAAUGGAUCCGAGCCCCAAAAUGGGCGCAAUAGUCCCCAACCGGGCCCAUUCGGCUAUUCUUUCCUUUCGCCCAUGGACACUCCUUAUGAACCCGCGCCUGCGCCGCCACCGGGACCGGCUCUACUGGACGAUCAGGAAUCAAAUAUGCUAGAUAGCUUUUUCACGACGAUGAAUUCCAACCAGUUCACCAAUGAAUUUUGGCUCCAAGGCAAUCAAAACAAAUCCUUUGGCCCGACAAAUUUCGAAUGGUCGACUGAAAUGCCCCCAACCUUUGAGGGCUCCACAACCUCACUCUCGCAACCUUCGGUCCCUCAACAUGGUCUAGAGAAACCAGGUUUCGGUGUGAUGCCCAACAAUAUGGGGACGAGCUCUGAUAUCUUUGCCGCCGCUUCCAUGCUCUAUCACAACGGCAUGAAUGGGACCGAGUUUAACACUGGAGUCGGACACCAUCCAUUUCCCACUUUCCCGGACGUGGACUUGAGUAAUGUCAGGUCACAUAGUAGCGGGAAAGCCGAACAGCACACUGACCACAUGCCCGCUAAGCCGGUCCCAUCGCGUCCGCGCGUACCGAGUGGCUUCCACACGUCCGAGAUGCUCUUUGAUGUGCGGGAGCCGAUAUCUGUUGAGCAGCAGGCCAUUGCGAAGGUACGGCCUCUACAUUGGGGCUCUGAUAUCAGCUUUAUGGAUCAAGGCUAUGUGGCACCACCUGAUCAACCAAAUGAAGAGGAGCAAACGAAGGAGCUUCUUGAUCAUCUGGACUGCUUUGAGCGACAGAGUAGUGCUGCCAACACCAGGGCACCUAGCCCGGAGCGGACGUUGGGUGGUCACGGGGCUUCCUGGACGGGAUCCAAUGCCGUUGGGCAGCCCAGCGAUCUACGAAGGGAAUACAGGGAUGACAAUUCCUCGCAACCGAAAAAGAAACAGAGGACACUAGUCAAGGAAGAGGAAGACGACGAGAACUCUGAUAUCGAUAGUUCAAACCCGAAGUCAAGGAGAUCCAGGGCCUCGAGCUACAACCGAUCCAGGAGGAUGUCUAGUGAUACCAUUCGCAAAUCAAGGCUCUCGCAAAGCGCAAAGGCUGCACGGGAAAAUCUAACGGAAGAGCAGAAAAGGAGCAACCAUAUCCUCUCGGAGCAGAAACGCAGAAAUCUCAUCAGACAAGGAUUUGACGAUCUAUGCUCGCUUGUACCCGGCUUGAAAGGCGGCGGGUUCAGCAAAAGUGCAAUGCUUACGCAGGCAGCAGACUGGUUAGAGGAGGUCUUGCAGGGAAAUGAAAUCCUCAAGGCGCAGCUAUCCGAGUUGAAUACCAUGAAUGGCUUGGUCAUGCCGAGGUGAUCUUGGUAUUCUAACGCGACCACGAUGUGAUAUUUCUGUUUCCCACGAUGCCCGGCCUGCGUUCAUUCGCGGUCGGUUUCAGUCCAAGCGAUUAAGCGAUUCGGCAGGAUGCAAUUCCCCUAUUUGGGAAUGCAGGCGUUUCUAUUGGUGAACAUGGAUUGGAAUCCUGAUCAUCUCCAUCUCCGCCAUUCAUUCAUUUUUACUUCGCAUAUGUUUUUAGCACCACAAUACCCUUUCCGGUUCAGACUUUGAUGAACAGGAAUCUUUAAUCAAAAUAAUGAGCGGGAUAGAAAGUACCUAUCGUGGAAUAUAUUCCGAUAAAAGUGACCU